CAACGCACACACCACGAUGGUCCGCUUCAAGUAUCGCAACCUGCUAGUCGAGUUUCUCGACCCGGGGGCAGUGGCGCCGUUCCCGCCGGCCCCGCCGACGCUGGACCUAGACGAGGAGGACGCGAUGAACGGGGACAUUGCCGCGGACGGCGAUGGCGGCGCGCCAGACGACCCAGAGGACGAGCUCCUCCCUACACCCGCCGUGCCAUUCGUCCUCCCCCUGCCAGAGGCCGCGGCGAAACCCCUGCUCGGGGACGACGCGUCCUCGGCCAUCUUUCGCGCGAUCAAGGGGAGCGUGCAGGCUGUGUUCGGGGACGAGGGCUGGGGCCGGGUUGCGUCUUCGUUGAGAGUGAUCUACUCGUCGCCCUACACCACGCUCACGAUCGUGCGCGUCGCGCGCCCGCACUACCGCCUGCUCUGGUCCGCUAUCACCAUGCUCACUGCCGUCGGGAGCACGCCCGUCCUCCCCCGCGUCGUGGCCGUCAGCGGCACCGUCAAGAAGCUCCAGAGCGUCGCGAUCACGCACCACCGCCGCGUGGUCGCUGCUGCUGUUGCUGCUUUGCUGGCGCAGGGAGAGAAGGGACAGGGCGAGCGCGAGCGUCUCCAGACUAAGUGGGACCACGAGCGCCAGGCCAUCGCACGCCUCGAGGAUUAGCAUCACCGUUUCGCACACACCGAUUCGUCAUCACACUACUUGUAUGCAUAGUAAACAGGGUACAUUACAACAACCUCUAGAUGGCGCGGAAGCACGCCUCUAUUCUCCGGAGUCGCUCUACACGGGCGUCGCUUGAUGUUGCGAGCUUGUCCUCCACCAGGAGCUGGACGCCGCGUCGGGCGCGAACAAGCUUG